UGAGUCCCCAGCCACAUCCUAAGGCUGACUCCCUCUCCCCACACAACCCACCCUACCCCAUAGUAGCUGACCUCUGCGCGGACUCCUGGCAUCAACAGCACCACCAACAGAACAGCUGCUCCUUGGCAGUCCGAAGCCGUGGGCAUGCGGGACCCACAAUCUCGUUCUCCUCUCCCGAAGAGGAAAGAGUAAAGUAAUCGUUACAUCACUCUCUCCCUCGAUGUUUCCCAUGCUUGUUCUUAUGUUUCUUCUGCAUCGAGAUUAAAGAUCAAUACUGGAGAGCAGCAGUGCUAUAACUCGGUGCAGAAGCAGUAGGAUUGAAAGGGGAGAGCUUGCAGAGGCAUGGUUAGCCCGUCGUUUGUGAUGCCUUCGCUUUUGGCAAAGCUGAUGUUAUAGGAGAAGGGAAAUAAGCCCUUCUUUCUCCCAAGAUCAUUUCCAAUUGUCUUUCUUCAAGUGGGAGAAAGACCUAAUUGUGAAGCACUCUUCCCCUUCCACUCCCUUUUCGUCUCACAUGGCGAGGUUGAUGGCACUACUUCCUGGAAGCCGCUAAUUGCUCUUGCUGCUGGUUAUUCUGUCCUUUUGCUCCUUGUUUCUGGUUGUCUCUGUGAGUUGAGGGAGGGCCUGUCGAAUAAGUGUGAUGGGAAUCGAUCUGAAUACGGUUGAUCAAGAACAAAAUGAUGAGUCCGCGGAGCACUCUGCUGCCGAUGCCGGUUCAGUAUGUCUCGAGCUGUGGUACGCCUGUGCAGGGCCGUUGAUAUCUCUGCCGAGAAAGGGAAGCGUGGUGGUUUACCUGCCGCAGGGGCACUUGGAGGUCCUUGGAAAAGGAGGAAAUGGGAUGAUGAUGCGUUGCGAUGUUCCCCCGCAUGUGUUCUGUCGGGUCGUUGACGUACAGCUGAGAGCAGAAGCCGUGACUGAUGUGGUCUACGCGCAGCUCUCUCUGGUUGCUGAGAGCAAGGAGGCCAUGAAGCAGUUUCAAAAUGGGAAAGCAGAUAAAGAAGGGGAAGAAUUGGAUGAGAUGAAUAGCGGGGAUAAAUCACCAACCCCUCACAUGUUUUGCAAGACCCUCACUGCCUCAGACACUAGCACACAUGGUGGCUUUUCUGUUCCACGCCGCGCUGCUGAAGAUUGCUUUCCUCCCCUGGAUCACAAACAGCAAAGACCUUCUCAAGAGCUUGUCGCUAAAGAUCUGCAUGAUGUUGAGUGGAAGUUUCGGCAUAUCUACCGAGGGCAACCCCGUAGACAUCUACUUACAACAGGAUGGAGCACAUUUAUCCAUAAGAAGAAACUUGUUGCAGGGGAUGCUGUGCUUUUUCUCCGGGGUGAUGAUGGCGAGCUUAGAUUGGGCAUUCGAAGAGCUUCUCAACUCAAGGGGAACCUUUUUCACCAAACACCUGCUAGCUUGAAUUUAGAAAUUGGUACUCUAUCAUCCCUGAAAAGCACUGUCUCCACAGGAAGCAUCUUUCAAGUUAAAUAUAAUCCAAGGGUAAAUCAAUCAGAGUUCAUUGUCCCAUAUUGGAAGUUCACUAAGAGCUGUGAUUAUUCUUUUUCGGUUGGGACCAGGUUUAAAAUGCGUUUUGAAAGUGAAGAUGCAGCGGAGAGAAGGUUUUCGGGAUUGAUAACUGGAGUAGGUGACUUGGAUCCCAUUCGAUGGCCUGGAUCAAAAUGGAGAUGUUUUGUGGUUCGAUGGGAUGGAGCGGAUGUUGAUGGUGGUCGACCCAACAGGGUCUCUCCUUGGGAGAUUGAACCUACUGGAUCUCUGUCAGGUUCCAACAAUCUUUACCUACCUUGUUCGAAAAGGAUCAGAAUUGGUAUAUCUUCAAUGAAUGCUGGUUAUACAUAUCCAAGUGGAGGUGGGUAUUCAGACUUGGAGGAAACUGCAAGGUUCAAGAAGGUCUUGCAAGGUCAAGAAAUUUUUAAUAACAAAACUCGUGAUGUUGGGGAUGCAACUCUUUCUCAUACGUUGGAGACAAGUAAUCAUCAUUUCCCUGAAAUGAGAAGAUGCUUUGCAAAUCCUGAAAGCAGCUUGCUAGUUCGUUCGGGAAGUAAUAACAGAGUUCCAGUUGGAAACUCUGAUUUUUUUUAUCAAUGCAGGGACUUUGAGGAAUUGGUUCGAUUUCCUAAGGUCUUGCAAGGUCAAGAAAUAGUUCCUGUAAGGCCAACAUAUCCAGGAAUUGGUGUUGAGUGCCUUAGAGAAACAAAGUCAAAAGUACUUGAAUCCAGUUAUGCUGGAACUUGUUAUGCACCGCUACACGGAUAUCGUACAACUAUGCUGCCAUGUGCUGCAUCAGCUCAGGCAUCUCCUUCUUCAGUUCUGAUGUUUCAACAAGCUACAUCACAGCUGCCAUUUUCUCAUUCAUAUUAUGGCAUUAAUGAACACGAGAAAGCUGAGGAUUGUGACAUGUCUGGUACACUUAGCUCUGUUGAUUCUUCCUCGCAGUCUCAUCAACCAGGGAAUUGUAUCAGUAGAGACCAUUGUGAAAGUGAUUUGAACUUCACAAAAACAUUCGAAAAGAAUGACCCGAUCCUCCCAUGCGGUGGUAAUGGUUUCAUGCUCUUUGGCUUUCCUCUGAUUGCAAAGAUUCCAGUUGAAAAUGCCAUUUCUGGUUUAUUAAAGAAUCCAUCUUUAUUGGAGGGAAAGCAUGAGUUGUCUUUCUCUAACCGAAGGCCUCAGUUGGCAAAAGAAUCUGCAUCAUGGCUUUUCAAAAGCGCAAGAGUUAAUCUCCAGGAGUUCGCUUGAUAUCUACCUUAUCUGAAGGCUGCGAAAGCAAGUUUAAGUUUGUGGUCUUGGGGCUUAAAAAAUUUUCUCUAAUGAUGAUGGAAUGUAAAUACUUGUGAUCUGAAGAAUUUGAUGAACUCAUCGAUAUUACUUAUCCAUGGUUGUGUACGGAAGUGGUGAAAUCUAUUUUGUUUUGCUUGUUUUGAACUGUUUGUUAUGCUGUCGUUGUGCAAAGAAUCCAUUUGAUUUGCUCAUUUUGCAAUUACAUCAUUAGCCGUUGAUUUGCAGUAAA